AUGGUAAGAAGUGAUUUGCUGAAAGAGUUGGAAACACAUUUACACCUUUACGAACAAGUGGUAGGGGGGAUCCAGAGGGCUAAGGAAUUACUUCACAUCUUGUCAUGCUAUGAAAGUCCGGCGCCACAGGAACAUUGGAUGACAAUGCCAGACAUGGGUCACAUCAUAGCAUCCGCUUAUAAUUGUGUCCUUGUCCAUUUAUCAAAUGUUCAAUGUCUUACAUUCCUCCCCCUCCAAUCGAAGCCUUUACCCUCCAUGAAACGAAAGGUUAUUGCUAUCGGGUUUGUUGACGGCGGACACUUUGUACAGGUAUUCCUAAAAAAAGGUUCCCCUAUGCCGCCAAUAGCUUGCAAUUGGAAAAGACAUCGUCUUUCUAUCGCUAAAAAUUGGGAUGCAGCACAUGUUGCGGCCAUUCAGAAGUUCAACGAGAUCAUCGGCGUUGACGUAGCAACAAAGGAGGUCAUCCAUGUCAAUUAGCCAUUUUUAGAUUGAGAAACGAUUUAAUGUGUUGUAUUAUAUAAUGUGUUCUAAUGUUAUGAAAAUUGGAUGAUUA